AUGAAUGUGAAAAAAUACCUAGUGAAAUGCUUGCACCGCCUGCAGAAAGGGCCGGGCUACACCUACAAGGAGCUUCUGGUCUGGUACUGUGACAACACCAACACCCAUGGACCCAAACGCAUCAUCCGCGAGGGGCCCAAGAAGCAGGUCAUGUGGUUUGUCCUCACCCUGCUUUUUGCCUCCCUGGUGUUCUGGCAAUGGAGCGUCUUCAUCCAGACCUACCUCAGCUGGGAGGUCAGCGUCACCCUCUCCAUCGGCUUCAAAACCAUGGACUUCCCAGCGGUCACAAUCUGCAAUGCCAGCCCUUUCCGGUAUUCCAAGGUGAAGCAUCUGCUAAAGGAUCUGGAUGACCUCAUGGAGGCCGCCCUCAAGACUAUCCUAACACUCGAGUCUGAUCCUGGCCGUGUUAAUUACACGGACGACCUGAAUAUGACUAUCUGGAACCACACGCCACUGGUUGUGAUUGAUAACCGAGACCCCUACCACCCUGCCAUUGUGGACCUUUUUGCCAUGGGCCGUAAUAAUUCUGGGGCGAACUCCUCCUCUCCACAAGGCAGCUGCAAUGCCCAGAAGUGCAGAAUUGCCUUGAGGCUGUGCAGCCAAAAUGGCACCGUAUGCACCUAUUGGAACUUCACCAGUGCUACCCAGGCAAUGAAACAAUGGUACGUUCUACAGUCCACCAGCAUCCUCUCUCAGGUGCCCCUGGAGGAGAGGGUUCAAAUGGGCUACCCAGCAGAUCAGAUGAUCCUAGCCUGCCUAUUUGGAGCAGAACCCUGCAAUCACAGGAACUUCACUGCAGUAUUUCACCCUGACUAUGGAAACUGCUAUGUCUUCAACUGGGGCAUGAGGGAAAAAGCCCUGCCUUCCUCCAACCCUGGAACCGAGUUUGGCCUGAAAUUAAUCUUGGACAUCGACCAGCAGGAUUAUGUCCACUACCUCACCUCCACGGCUGGCGUCAGACUGAUGCUCCAUGAGCAGAAGGCCUACCCUUUUCUCAAAGAUGGGGGCAUCUAUGCCAUGCCUGGGACGGAGACCUCCAUCGGGGUGCUGGUGGAUAAACUGGAGCGGAUAGGCGAGCCCUAUAGCCACUGCACUAUCAAUGGAUCUGAUGUCCAGAUCCCCAAUCUCUACAGUGAGUUUAACACAUCCUACUCAAUACAGGCCUGCCUUCGCUCCUGCUUCCAAGAACACAUGAUUGAGACCUGUGGCUGUGGUCACUACUUGUAUCCCCUUCCUAAGGGGGAGAAAUACUGCAACAACCAAGACUUUCCUGACUGGGCGUACUGCUACUCAGCCCUCCGCAUGAGCGUGCUCCAGAGAGAAACCUGCAUCAAUGGCUGUAAGGAGUCCUGCAAUGAUACCCAGUAUAAGAUGACUAUCUCCAUGGCUGACUGGCCAUCCGAGGCCUCUGAGGACUGGAUUUUCCAUGUGUUGUCCUAUGAACGUGACAAAACCACCAACCUGACCAUCGAUAGGAAAGGGAUUGUCAAACUCAACAUUUACUUCCAAGAAUUCAACUACCGGACAUUUGCUGAGUCAGCAACAAACAAUAUGGUGUGGUUACUCUCCAAUCUGGGUGGCCAGUUUGGGUUCUGGAUGGGCGGCUCAGUACUGUGCAUCAUCGAGUUUGGUGAGAUCAUCAUCGACUGUGUUUGGAUCACCAUUAUCAAGCUGGUGGCUUGGGUCAAAGGUCUGAAGCAGCGGCGGGCCCAGGCCCGCUAUGAUGGCCCGCCGCCCACAGUGGCUGAGCUAGUGGAGGCACACACCAACUUUGGCUUCCAGCCUGACACCGAAAAUGUCACCAACCCACAUGGGCCCAAGAACUACCCAGAGGAGCAGGGCCCACCCAUCCCAGGCACCCCACCUCCCAACUAUGACUCCUUGCGCCUACAACCCCUCGAUGUCAUUGAGUCAGAUAAUGAGGGAGAUGCCAUCUAACCUCUCAGCCUUGUCUCACAACAUCCUGUGGGAUGGAAAAGGAAGGGACAGAAAAAGAAGAAAACAGCUUCAAUGUUCCACUUGGUACCUGCUCAUUCUGCCUGCAGUGUCCACUUUGGUUGGACAGAAGAACAGGCCAAUAGUCAUUCCCUGAAUGUCUUUAUCCUGCUCCAGAGCCUAGAUUUUACCAACUCCUUCAUUUGCAAAAAGCCUUCAGUUCCUUCUUCCCUCGUCUCACUUCUCUUGGUACCUACACAAGGUUGAAAUCCAUGUUGGUCUGUGGGAAUGUGAGAAAGUGAUCAUUUUAUAGGAGCCUCCUAACUUCUGGAGGAAUAGCACUUGGCUUUGAGGGCUCAAGGAAUUGAUGGGAUCAGAUCCUAGGUUUAAAACUAGAAGGAUCCUUAGAGGCUACCUAGUCCAAACAUUUCAUCUUACAGAUGAGGAAACUGAGACCCAAGGUAGUUAAGUAAUACCUGAGGUCACAGAGGAAAUAAGUGGUAGAGCUGUAAUUUGAACCUGGGUCCUCUUGAUACAUUUGUUCUUUCUAUAGCCAUAAUCAUAAUCAGAUCCUGAUAUUCAGUUCACAGGAAGAGCAAAGUAAUUAGGGCCCUAAUUCUAUGCUUUGGUAUAUUCUCAUAGUGUCCUACCUUGUCAAACAGCCCUGGCCAGUGAGCCAUCCUGUCGUAAGAGAUUCAUUCCCUGGAUUAGAAGUACCCAGGCCAAUGGGUUUCAAAUCUGGCCUCAAAUACUCCCUAACUGGGUGACCCUGGGCAAGUCACUUAACCCCUAUUGCCUAGC